AUGAGUUCUCCAAAGUCGUCGGACAAGAAAUCGGGUAGGAAACAGUCGUUUUCGCACCAACGGUCCUCCAACGAGGACAUCUAUCAGCAGGACGAGUACGACACUCCGAAUCAAAUACUCGACCGCGUGAAAUGUGAUCAUGUAACUGUUACAAAACCAGAAGAAGAUCGACGGAGAAGGACCAUAAUUGUCGAGAAAAGAAAUGGAAGUUAUGGCUUUAUGCUCCAAAGUUAUGGCAUUCACUAUAAAAAAGAGCAGGAGAUUGAAAUGAUUACAUAUGUGGAUCACGUAGACUAUGAUGGACCGGCAUAUAGAGCCGGGAUGAGAGAAGGCGAUGUAAUACUGUCAAUAAAUGGUGUCGACAUGGAAAAGACUGACCAUAAAGCUUUGGUUAGCUUUAUAAAAAGCUGUGAUUCACGAAUGAGAAUGGUGGUACUAUUUGAAGACUGCGUGCGAAAGGUUGACUUACACAUGAGAUAUAUACAACUUCAGCGUACGCUUCAGGCCAAAGUCGAAGAACUGGAAAAGGUCGAAAUCAAAGAGAGAGAGCUCAUGGAAGGAAAAUGGAAAACGCACAGUUUGCCAGCAAGAAAAAAGUCUAGUCAUUCUUCUAAGGACACUGCCAACCAAAAUAUAUUGACUGAAAACGGUGAAAGUUCUAUGUCCAGGCCUACAUUAUCGACUGAAGACGUGGCCAAAGCACAGCCAAUUUAUGUGCCUAAACAAAAUUUUAUGUUGGCUUAUCGACCACACCAUUUCAUCGAUCAGCACGGACGUUCCUAUUACUUGCAUCAACCCGCCACUGCCAUAAUCAAUGGAGAUUCAAGUUACGUCGGUUGGCACAGCAAUCGCUCUAUUAACAGCAGUAAAAGCUGCGACCAACAAGAAAACUGGGCGCCACCGGAUCAACCGGUUCAGCAGAGGAGACGAUCGCAUUACGUGGUGGAAGUCAGCCGGCGGUGCAGCACGUCGUCGGACGUGCCGAAUCGUUCGCAGCAACAACAGCCGCACUGCAAACAGCACAACUUCACCAACAGAGCAUCGCAGCGGUCCUCGUCACAAGGCGAUAACUGUCCGCGAUGGGGUUGCAUACGCACCGGUGGCGGCGCAUCCGGUCGGCGGAGGAACGAUGGCGGCGGAGGACAUGACGCCGACGACGACGACGAUGACAACGACGACGACGACGACGACGACGAUGGAGGCAGCGUGGAGGCGUACGAUCUUUCGGCGGACGGCGGGGCGGCCUGCUGCCCGGGAUCGCAGUGCGUGCCCACCAGGAGACAUCGGCGCAGGCGCAAGUCAUCAUCUGCGCGUGGCGGCCGCGACAAAAGCCCAGGCAAGCUACGACUGCUGCUCCAGCGGUCCCGGGGACCUCGGUGUUGGCCGCGUUGCUUGUCGCUGUUGUUCGGCGGAUGCCAACUUAGUGGUUGUUGUUGUGGUUGUGGUCUUCGCACACACUGCAAAUCAGAGAGUUCGUACUGCCGGAAGGGACACGAGAAGCGGCGCAGCUCGACCAGGAACGAAGUGCCCGACGAACACAACCCGUCACUGCAGCACGUUACCAGUACCAGCGGUAACCACGGUUACUCAAAUCUGGUGAACGAUCGGUACGCGUCGGACGAGAGGAUGUGCCAAAGCACGUCGAUCGGCGGGGGAGGCGGUGGUGGCGGCGGCCGGCCUUCCCAAAACAGUCUGACGGAGAACAGCCCAGCGUCGUACACGACGUCGCUGAGUACGGACACGCUGUACUGGGACGACGACCCGAUGGCCGCAGGUCAGCCGUCAGCCGCGUCCCGACAGCACUCAGUCAAGUCGCAGUCGUCGUCGACGUACCGGCGUGACAACUGCGCCGUCAAGCCGGUCAAGUCGUGGGACAACCUGACCACCAAGGCGUUUGGUGGUUACGGGUUCGGCUAUGAGUAUUUGGAUCGCGACCAAAUCGUCAACAACGGCACCGGCGGAGGCGGCACCGGUACCGGACAGCAUCACAUGGUGUAUCUGCAGCUGAAGAACGUCAAGGGUGGACAGAAACACCACGGCGGUCACCACCACCACCAUCACCACAACCAUCAACACCCGCAGCAGCAGCACAACUUGCAGCAGCAGCAGCAACACAACCAUCACAACAACAAUCAACAACGCUCCAACCACAACGGCCACCAUCACCAUCGCCACAACGCCGGCGGCAGGAUCCGUCACCCGACCAAGUCCACUGAGACGCUGCUCACGCUACCGCCGCAGUACCCGAUCGCGGCCAUUGAGUCUUCGGCCAGCUGCGAGUAUUUGGACGCUUGUUCGUCGUCGUCGUCAUUGGCGGCCGGUGGUUACUUCGCGGGGUACGUCAGGAACGACAAGGCCAGUCAGACGGACUGCCGGAGAUACGCGGCACAACAUCAGCAGCCACCGCCGCCCGAGGUGACGAGGCUAUGA